AUGCGGGAAGGGGCAGGGGAGCAGCAUCCCCAGCACAAACAGGCACAGCAGCAGCCACAGCAGCAGCAGCAGCAGCAGCAGCAGCAGCAGCCGCAGCAGCAGCUGCGGCAGCUAGCAGCGGCAAUGGAGUGUCCGGGCACUUACUCGCGUGCAGCAGCUCAAAACACAUCUGAAGAGUACUGGAAAUUCCAGAUAGCAGCAGCAGAAGCAGCAGCAGAAGCAGCAGCAGAAGCAGCAGCAGAAGCAGCAGCAGAAGCAGCAGAAGAAGCAGCAGCAGAAGCAGCAGCAGAAGAGGCAGCAGAAGAGGCAGCAGGAGCAGCAGCAGAAGCAGCAGCAGCAGCAGCAGCCGGAGCAGCAGCAGCAGCAGCAGCAGGUGCAGCGGCAACGGGAGCAGCAGCAAAAGCAGCAACAGACGCUGAAGCAGCAGCAGCAGCAAGUGAGUGCAGGACAGCAGACUCAGAAGCUUCGCCUGCAGCAUCAGCAGCAGCGGAAGAAGCAUGCAGAGUGGGUUUGCAGCAGCAACAGCAGCAGCAGCAACAGCAGCAGCAGCAGAAGCAGCAACAGAAGCAGCAGCAGCAGCAGCAGCAGCACGACCAGGAUGCGCACAGCGCGCGCUUUCCACAUUCCUUAAGUACCCCUUCUGCAGCCAGCGAAGGGAACAUGGCAGCAGCAGCAGCAGCAGCAGCAGCAGCAGCAACAGAACUUGCUGCGCUGCAGCGGCAGCAAAGCGGAUCUGCUGUGUCGGUUUGGCUGUAUGAACGGCUGGCCCUCUUGGAGCAGCAAAUUAGAAAUCAGCAGGAGAUGCAUCAGAAGGAAAUGGCAAACUUGAGAACCAGCCACGAGGUCUCCCUGUCUUUGGCUUUGAGGGGCGCCAGCAGCAAACAAAUAGCAGCACACAUUGCAGCAGCGCAGCAGCUGCUGUGCAGCAACUGCAGCUGCUUGCUGCAGCAGCAACAGCUGCAGCAGCAGCAGCAGCAGCUGCUGCAGCAGCAACAGGAUAGCGGCAGUAGGGGGGAGGGCGCCUCCAGCGACAAAAGCAGUAGCAGCAACGGCGAAGUGGCAGCAGCAGCAGCAGCAGCAGCAAAACAGACGGAGCAAGGAGGUGCAGCGGCAGCAGCGGCACCUCUUGCUGCUGCAGCAACAGCAGCAGCAGCAGCACCUCUUGCUGCAGCAGCAGCACCAGCAGAACCGCCAGCAGCCACAGCUGCAGCAACUUCCGUACACGAAGACACACUGAGGAAACAAGAGCACAGCAGCAGCAGCAGCUGCUGCUGCUGCUGCAGCCAUAGCAGCAAUGCCGCGGUCAGAGAGGGCAGCAACGGCAGCAGCAGCAGCAGGAGUCGGGCAGCAUCUGCUGCAGCAGCAGCAGAUGAAGAGAAAUGCCCCCCUGCAGCAGCGUCGCCCUCACACGCUGCUGCUGCUGCUGCUGCUGCUGCUGCUGCAGCAGAGACAGGCGAGCAGCAGGAGCCCUCUGCCGCCCACCAUGAUGACCCGCGGCAGCAGCAGCAGCAGCAGUUGCAGCAGCACCAGCUCAAGCAGCACGAGCAACAGCAGCAGCAGCAGCAGCAGCAGCUGCUGCAGCAGCAGCAGCAGCAGCAGCAGCAGCAGCAAGGGGAAUGCGCGCUAGACAAGAGAGAGGAACUCGUGCUGCAUGCAGAUUGCUGCUGCUUGCUGCAGCACUUGGCUUCAGUCACUUGCCGCCACUGUGGGGUUGCUGUUAGACCCCUCGCGCUGGGAACUCACCUGCGGCGCUGCUUGCUGCAGCAGCAGCAGCAGCAGCAGCAGCAGCAGCAGCUGAACCCUUUGGCUCUCGCGUUUGCUGCUGAAAGGAGAAUUAAAGAAAAAAGAAAAACAGACAAAAGAGCAGCAGCUUCUUCUCUCAGCAAACAAGCCUUCUGUUCCGGGCUGGCUUUCCAUUGCCCGCAGCAGUCCUUCCGCUGA